ACCUUCAUCCUCCUCACCCUCCCCUUUUCUUUACACUUUCUUUACGCUCAAAAACACUCAAAAUGGGAAAGGAGAAGAUCCACGUUAACGUCGUCGUUAUCGGCCACGUCGAUUCCGGCAAGUCUACCACCACUGGUCACUUGAUCUACAAGUGCGGUGGUAUCGACAAGCGUACCAUCGAGAAGUUCGAGAAGGAGGCUGCUGAGCUCGGCAAGGGCUCCUUCAAGUAUGCUUGGGUGCUCGACAAGCUGAAGGCUGAGCGUGAGCGUGGUAUCACCAUCGAUAUCGCCCUCUGGAAGUUCGAGACACCGAAGUACAUGGUUACGGUCAUUGACGCUCCCGGCCACCGUGACUUCAUCAAGAACAUGAUCACCGGUACUUCCCAGGCCGACUGCGCUAUCCUUAUCAUCGCUGCCGGUACUGGUGAGUUCGAGGCCGGUAUCUCCAAGGAUGGUCAGACCCGUGAGCACGCCCUCCUGGCCUUCACCCUUGGUGUCCGUCAGCUCGUCGUCGCUGUCAACAAGAUGGAUACCACGAAGUGGAGCGAGGACCGUUUCAACGAAAUCAUUAAGGAAACCUCCACCUUCAUCAAGAAGGUUGGUUACAACCCCAAGGCUGUUCCUUUCGUGCCGAUCUCUGGCUGGCACGGCGACAACAUGUUGGAGGAGUCUAGCAACAUGCCGUGGUACAAGGGAUGGACUAAGGAGACCAAGGCCGGUGUCGUCAAGGGCAAGACCCUCUUGGACGCCAUUGACGCUAUUGAGCCCCCCACCCGUCCCUCCGACAAGCCCCUCCGUCUCCCCCUCCAGGAUGUCUACAAGAUUGGCGGUAUCGGCACGGUGCCCGUCGGUCGUGUCGAGACUGGUAUCAUCAAGGCCGGUAUGGUUGUCACCUUUGCUCCUGCCAACGUCACCACCGAAGUCAAGUCGGUGGAAAUGCAUCACGAGCAGCUCGAGCAGGGUGUCCCUGGUGACAACGUUGGUUUCAACGUCAAGAACGUCUCGGUCAAGGAUAUCCGUCGUGGUUUCGUCGCAUCUGACUCCAAGAACGACCCCGCCAAGGAGGCUGCUUCCUUCAACGCCCAGGUCAUCGUCAUCAACCACCCCGGUCAGAUCGGUGCUGGAUACGCACCCGUGCUCGAUUGCCACACCGCGCACAUCGCUUGCAAGUUCGCGGAGCUGAUCGAGAAGAUGGACCGUCGGAGUGGGAAGUCCCUUGAGGCCAGCCCCAAGUUCAUCAAGUCCGGUGACUCGUGCAUUGUCAAGCUUGUUCCCAGCAAGCCACUGUGUGUUGAGACUUACAACGAGUACCCUCCCCUUGGUCGUUUCGCCGUUCGUGACAUGAGACAGACGGUGGCUGUUGGUGUCAUCAAGUCCGUUGAGAAGACCGACAAGUCUGGUGGCAAGGUCACCAAGUCUGCGGAGAAGGCUACCAAGAAGAAGUAAACUUAGAUGUAGAUUUUCUGUAUUUUUUCUUCAUCAGUUUUCUUCUCUCACUGUUUCCAUCGAUCUCUCUCACUUGGUAUUUCUCUCCGCAAGCUGUGUUUUUGUCGCAUCAUCUGUUGUAUGAACCAUAACGACGAUGGCGGCGUGCGUUCAACCUCCGGUUGUCGUUCGUUGCCUUGCACUAACUGGUGGUGACUGAGGAUGAGGUUGAAAAAGAACUUGUAGCCAUGCUGUAUACGAUUGUAACGAGGAUUACGGACUUCAGAAUGCAGGAAACUGAUGCCCGUAUC